AGUGCGAACCUAAACCGUCGCGCCGCCAUCUUGAAUCUUGAAGACAGCUCGAUUUAUUUGUUGCGAUAUACAUAAAAUACGUCAUGCCUAGUGUUUGUAUUGAACGAGUCGAAAUGACUCGACACCAAUAUCAAGGUUUGAAGACGUAUAUAAUGGGUGAACGUCGCAGAAAACAGAAAGAGUUGGAACUAGGAGAGGAACAGGAGAAGAAAAGGCGUCAAAGGGAAGAGGAAAGGAGAAAAAAGGAACAGGAACAGCGAAUAUCCCUUGAAACUAUCACAAAGCAGCUUCAUGAGAAGAGAAACAAAUUAACAGAAAUGAAGAAUGAAAAAACUCAGCUAUUUGGUCAGUUGAAAAAGGUGAUCAGCGAAGAGGAUGAGAAUAAAAAGCGAAUUGUACAGGAAAGAAAUGAGCAACUCUUAAGUCAUAGUCUUCUUGCUCCUCAAGUGACUGGUUAUCCAGCUGUACCUAUCCCGACUAUGCUCAAUAAGCCUUCUUUAUCAAAGAGACCUCAUUCCCCUGAUCAGUCUUCACCUGUAUACGGUAAAGCUUAUAAAGCAUUUUCUCAAGAAACACCAUUCGCUCCAAAAAUGGCUACAACUGCAGCUACGAGUACUACGGGGUCUUUUGUUCCUGCCUACCCAUCAAUGCAUGCCUAUCAAUAUCCUUCAAUAACGCCCUAUUCCAGUCAGCACUUGCUAGCAACAACAAAGAGUCUACAACAGCAAUUGGAACAUGCAAAUAGCAAAGCAGGAUUUUCUGCCGACGAUAAAUACAAGUUGCAACAGCAGUUGCAAAGGGGUCCAGUACCUGCUCCACAACAGCCUAACGCUGGAAGUAUCGUAAGCGGCUAUCCUGUAAGAACGCAAACUAAUCCAUCAUCGGCCUUUACACCAACUUUGACAGGCCAAAGAGUCUUCGAGAGAAGUUCGAAGAGUGACAGAAUGAAAAAAACCUAUUUUUUUUAAAAGAUUUUUGAAAAUUCAAUUAACUGAACCUAAAUUCAAAAAAAUUGCGAUGCUAGUUUUCAUUCAAUUUGUUGAUACAAGAGAAUUGUUGAAUUAUAUAUUUAAAAAAAUAUGUUUCCCAGAGUGGAAAUAGAUGAUAUAGUUAGUUUUUUUUUGAUAAAUCGAUAAUAGCUCAACUACUGCAUUAUUAUCACAAUUUUCCUUAGAAAUGGAAAUAAUUAAUUAUAUAAAUCCAUAAACUGUACAUAUAUUUAUGAACAAAGCGUAAAAUGCAAAAUAAAACACAAAGUUAUACGCAUACAGCACAAAUUGUAUAUGAUUUAUAAAGAAAUAAUUGAAUAACAAUACAAUCUCUCUUUCUUACAUUUACAUAUAUUUAAUCCUUUAAACGUCAUUGAUUGACUUAAAAGAGGAAAAUGUCAAAAUAUCGAUGAAAUGAAUCUGAUAUGAGAAAGAAUACCAUACAAUAUGUAAAUGAGGGAAAAUGAGCCGGAUAAUCAUUUAAUACUAACUAGGGAGUAAUAAAACCGAGAAAAUAAAG